ACGAAAUUAACAAACUAAAAGAAGAACUGAAAAAAUAUAAAGAAAAUGAACCAAAUGAAAACCUCGUAAACGAAAAUAAAGAAUUGGGAAAAGAAUUAGAUAAAUGUAAACGAGAUAAUAAAUAUUUGAAAGAAGGAAUUUCGGUAUUAGAAAAAAUG